UUUCAGCCUCUGCACCAUGAACGCCAAACUCGUGGUCCUGUUUGCUCUCGCUUCUCUGACUAACAGUGCUGAAUUACGAAAGGGACGUGCAGGCGCGCACCACACCCUGCUCGUGCCCCGCGUCCUGUACAUGGAGCACUGCAAGGACCACGAGCACGCGCUUCUCAUGAGCAACUACUCGUCGCUCGUCGACAGCCGCGGGGUCGUCUACCUCAAUGCGGUCAUGGAGUUCCAGAGGACGGCCAAGGCGCUCACCAAGAUGAAAGUCGUGCUGCACAAGUGCCGUGAUGCUGUGUCGUCCAACACGUGCGAGUACUUUGCCACUUGGCCGUUCACCGCGAACAUCUGCAGCAUGUUGACCGCGAAGGGCAUGAUGUGGAGCGGCUUCACGAGUGCCUUCCACCCGACCUUCAAGUGCCCCGUCGCCAAGGGGAUAUACCACCUGCAAAACGGAACGGUGGACGUGUCCUUGGGAGAGGCUAUGUCACACAUCAAUAUUGCCGGCAACGUGUGGACAGCAGAAGUGAGCCUCAUGGACGAGAAUAAGGAGCUUUUCACGUGCAUCAACACUGCUGUCGCCAUCAGCAGGGUUAACGUCAAGGACUGA